AAUAAAAUAAAAUAAAAUAUUCUUAUAAAGAAUAUUUCUUUAUUUUCAAUAUGUCGCCACUUGAACCUUUUGCCAAUCAAACAGUUAUAAAUGAUUCAUCAACUGAAGAAAUAAUAACUGAUGAAGUAUCAUUAUUAAAAGUUCAAAAUCAACCAACAGAAACAACAGCAAUUUUUACAAAAGAUAAAGUACCAUCAAUUCUUGAGAUUAGAAAAUCGAUUCCUUCAAAAUAUUUUAAUCCAUCAAUUAAAAAAUCAUUACAAUAUGUUUUAUGGGAUUUAAUGAUUGUAUCAAUAUUAUUCCUAACAUAUUAUGAAUUAAAUUCAAUUAAAUUUAUUCCUGUGAUUAUAAAAAAUUUGAUAUUUUUACCAUUAUAUACUUUUGCUCAAGGUACAAUGUUUUGGGCUAUAUUUGUAUUAGGUCAUGAUUGUGGUCAUGGUAGUUUUAGUCGGUAUCCUUUAUUAAAUGAUAUAAUUGGUACUUUAUUACAUACCUUUAUUCUUGUACCUUAUACUACAUGGAAAUUAAGUCAUCGUCAUCAUCACAAAAAUACUGGUAAUAUUGAUAAAGAUGAAGUAUAUCAUCCUGUUAGAAAAUGUGAAGCUGAUAAAAUGUUAAAUGGUGAAGAUUCUAAAAUUAUACCUUAUUUUGGUUUCGGUAUUGGUUGGUUAGUUUAUUUAAUUGAAGGUUAUGGUCCAAGAGCUGUUUCUCAUAUAAAUCCUUUUAAUCCUUUAUUUCUUAAAAAUCGUUUGGGUGCUAUAAUUUCUAUUUCUUCGGUUUUUUUUGCUUUAUCAUUUUUAAUUUAUUUAUCAAAUAUUUUUGGUUCAUUUACAAUUUUAAGAUAUUAUUUUCUUCCUUGGGUCAUAUUUGGUAGUUGGUUAGUUAUAACUACUUUUCUUCAUCAUCAUGGUGUUGAAAAUGAUUUAAAAUUACCUUGGUUUUCUGAUGACCAAUGGAAUUAUGUUGUUGGUAAUCUUUCUUCAGUAGAUCGUGAUUAUGGUAUUUUACAUGAUGUAACUCAUUCUAUUGGUACUCAUCAAAUUCAUCAUUUAUUCCCUGCUAUACCUCAUUAUUAUCUUAAAGAUGCUACUACUUAUUUUCAACAAAUAUAUCCUCAAUUUAAACGUGAAUCAAAAGAACCAAUCUUUAAAACUUUUAUUAAUAUGUUUGAUAUUUGGAAAUCUCAGCAUCUUAUUAAUAGUGAAACUAAAAUUUUCAUUUAUCAAAAAGAAAAGAAUCAAUAAUAAUUUGUGUAUAUAGAUAACUUAUUAUUAUUAUUAUUAUUAUUACUAUUUUGCAUUUUCUUUUUUUAUUUCUCA